UGUAUGCUUGUUUAAACACAAGCUGUUCCUCAAGUAAACCACAACUGGGUCCAGAACUGAGCAAGAGCAUUGAAGCUUUCAAAGGUGCGUCAAGGGCCCAUUACGAACUGAUCCUGGACUGCUAUGGAUUUUAGCACCAUUGGAGUGACUCUCAUUGCCUUUCUACUGACUGUGCUGCUGCUUGUGCGCUCUUGGAAGAGUAAGCUGAUAUACCGCAAGCUCCCCCCAGGUCCUCCCGCUCUCCCAUUCCUAGGGAAUGCCUUGCAGAUAGACAAGAGAGCCCCUGAUCAAUCUCUGAUGAAGUUGGCCAAGAAAUAUGGUUCUGUGUUCACUGUCUGGCUUGGACCACGUCCUGCAGUGGUGUUGUGUGGCUAUGAAACCGUGAAGGAAGCUUUAGUCAAUCGAGCAGAUGAUUUUGGAGCCAGAGGAACAGUCCCAUCAAUCAGGAAGGUCACAAAUGGAUAUGGUAUCGCCAGCAGCAAUGGGCACCGCUCACUGCAGCUACGGAACUUUGCUGUCAAGACGCUGAGAAAUUUCGGGAGAGGGUCCAAGACACUAGAGAGUUUCAUCCAGCAAGAGGCAGAGUGCCUGGUGGAGGUCUUCCGAAGAACUGAAGGGUUGGCCUUUGACCCCACAUUCCAGCUGACCUGCGCCACCGCAAACAUAAUGUGUGCCGUUGUCUUUGGGAACCGGUUCGAAUACACAGAUAAGAAUCUGCUCACUCUGUUGGACAUGAUCACAGAAAACAUGAGAGUCAUUAGCAGCCCCUGGGGGCAGCUGUACGAUUUGCUUCCCAGCGUUUUGGAUCAUCUCCCAGGCCCUCACAACAGGCUUUUCAAAAACGCAGCUAAAAUAAAAGAUUUCCUGAGAGAAAUGAUCCAAAAUCACAAAGACGCACGCACCAAAGACAGGCCCUGGGAUUUCACUGCCAGUUUCCUCGCUAAAAUGGAAGAGGAGGAAGACAACCCCGAAACUGAAUUCAAUGAUGAGAACCUUCUUCUGUCUAUAUUUAACAUAUUUCUUGCCGGGACAGACACCACCAGCUCCACCAUGCGAUGGGGGCUCCUGCUAUUCCUGAAGUACCCAGAUGUCCAAGAAAAAAUUCAGAACGAGAUUGACGAGGUGAUCGGGUCUGAACGCACACCCGCCAUGGAAGAUAGAGAAAAGAUGCCUUACACCAACGCAGCUAUCUGUGAGGUCCAGCGAUACUCCAACAUUAUCCCAUUAAAUCUCCCACACACAGUGACGAGAGACACAGACUUCAAGGGAUUUGUGAUUCCAAAGGGAAUGAUUGUCAUCCCUGUGCUUGCGUCUGUUUUGUACGACUGCAGUUGUUGGGAGAAUCCAAAAUCAUUCAACCCGGAUCGUUUUCUGGAUGAGGAAGGGCGGUUCAAGAAAAAUGAAGCUUUCAUACCAUUUUCAUCAGGGAACCGCAUGUGCAUUGGUGAGACAGUAGCUCAGAUGCAGCUGUUCCUGUUUCUCACAACCCUGCUGCAGAACUUCACCUUGAGAUCCCCAGUGGAACCACACACCAUUGAUAUCAGCCCACUGUCCAGUGGUUUCUCAACCCUACAUAGACCAUACCAGCUAUAUUGUGUUCCUCGCAAAUCAGCACGACAUAUGGCCAGCGAGUGAUAUAUUUUUGACAGAAGAAUGAAGCCACGUGAUCAGUAGGAGAUUAAAAUGGCACCUACAACAUUAUGAUACAAGAAACUAGCAUUUCAAAAUAAUUUGUUUUUAGGAUGGGGAUAGUUAGAGUCACCAGUUCCCUGAUUGCCCUAAUCAACUUGUGACAUUGGACUGGACCAGAUGGGAACACAACACAUUCACUUCUCUGAUGGACAAUGAACAAGUUGAUUCUACCACAAUCCAACAGCAAUACCUCUGAAAAUAACUUCCACUCUUUAAACAUAUCGAAACGUUAUCUUGAAUGAAGGAAAAAGUUAUGAAAAGUUGUCUGAAGGUUUUCAUGGUGAGGACAGUAAUACUACAGAAGAUAAAUUUUCUGUAUAUCACAUUGUCUUCUAUGAAUGAUGCAGUUGUUACCUUUAAAAGAUUUCCUGAGCUGGACUUGUAGACCUGAACAUUUCUGGCAGCAUACGCUACCCAUCACCUGAAGCAAUGAUGGAAAAGGUGAAAGAGGUUUAUCAUUGAAGUUCCAGGCACUGAGCCAUGGAGGUCAUUGCACCCAACUGCCUGUCUUCUGAGGUUACAUCCACACUCUCACACAGUCAUCUUUACAGGAGAAUGUGAAGAUGUCAGUGUUAAGAGUAGGGAUGGACAAGUUCAGAAGUCCAACAGGUAUAUUUGAAAUCAUAAGCUUUUGGAGUGUUGCCCCUUCGUCAGGCCUCACUUCACCUGACGAAGGAGCAGUACUCCAAAAGCUUGUGAUAUCAAAUAAACCUGUUGGAUUAUAACCUGGUGUUAUGUGACAGCUGACCUUAGAGGAGGAGUAUGGUGAGCAUCAGGAUACUUCAGGUGUCCUGCAAUAGGCAGGCAUCUCAUGGGAUGGAGUGCAUCAUCAUCACUAAAUGACAUUUUAAUUUAAACUGUGAUGUGAUUUUUGUUACAUUGGCUGUCUGCUCUAGCUAUCAGAGGAACACUGAUAUUGUAGGGCUGGAGGAGGCAAUAGAGAAAGGAAGGGAUGAGGUCACGAAGCAAUUUGAACAUGAGAAUGGGGAUGUGUCAAAUUGGCAGCAAGUGCAGAAAUAAGGCACCAGGAUAGGACACAAUAAUCUAGGGUUUAGAAAGGUUGGAAUAUGAAUUGGGGGAAGCAUGGUGGGCAAAAAGGCAUGGAUGAGGAUUUCAGCAAUUCAUAGGCUAGGUAGACCCAAACGUUUUGCAGUUGGAAGCUCAAUUCAAACAGAAAGCCGAGGUUGCAAUGACAACAGUUCACAAACCUGAGACACUUGCGAGGAAAGUGACAGGCUAGUAAUCAGCAAAUUGCAGUAUGUGACUAGUAAGUUUAAGUAAAAGUAGGAAUUUGGUUACCUCAGCUUCAUGGGAUAGGAUGCAAAUAGAUGCUGUAAAAAUUUUCCUAUGUUAGAAUUGGUUCACUACUCCUGGUAGACUUCCCCUUUCCUGAGAUCACGUCAUUGGGUCAAGCAAUUCAGUGUUUAUUUCUAAUAUCAAACCCAUCAACAAUAUCUCUAUAUUUGCAACCUGAAAUAAUUCCAUUGGCAUUAACAGAAUUGAUCUAAUUUCUUCAGCAGUUUCUCAUGCAGCUGGAUCUGUUUAGUGAGCAUUUUGCCACUUAUAAGGAAAUAUAUUUCAUCAAUUUUCUAAAAAUGAAACUUGUUCUUUGAUUAGAAGGCUGUAGUAAUAUUAUUUUGUAUCUUACCACUUCUUUGUAAUUAUAUUGCUCAUAAAUAAAUCCAAC